GUGGAUGGACUCACCUACUCCACCUCCCUGGGCCUGGGGCAGGCUGUCUACACCCAGGACCCCGUUCCAAACCUGGCAACCUGCCAGGGCCCUCCCAGGGCUGCCCCACGAGAGUGGCAGACAGUCCCACUCCAGGGGGCCUGGAACCUCAUUCCCGGGGGGGACCCCGUGCCUCUCCUUGCUCACAUCCCAGGGGGCUGGGGGCUCUCGGGUGAGCUGCAAACCUCCCUUGUCCUGGUGGGUCCUGGGUUUCCCACUGACUAAAUCCCUGCUGCCCCCCUCAGCCUGAACAUGAGCCAACUGUUCAUGGGACUGAGGUCCCCAGGCGCAGGGCUCCCCAGACAGGCACAAGGAGGAAGUGGAGAAAGCGCACGGCACCAGUGGAACCAGCUCCAAACACCAGCCGGAGCAGUCCCGAGGCCACACUCCCUCCCGAGGACGCUGACCAGCCCACACAUGUGCAGGAGAAGCAGGGACUGUUCAGGGCAAGAAGGUCGUCUUCAGGGGCAACCCUCAGCCGGAACGCUUGUUGGUCCCUACUCCCUGCCACGGACGCUGACCAGCCGGCCACGGGCCCGCGGCUCCCCCGGUCAGCACCCACCCCCUCCUCGGCACAGUCGGGCCUCUGCCCACAGCCCGCGGUGUGUCUUGAGUGUCCCCACACGUGUCUGAGCCGCAGUGUGCUCCUCUGACAGGCAGGGUGGCUGGCAAUCAGCCUGUUAGGGUGCCCAAGGGGAACACGGGAGGAGCCUUAGAGGGGCUCCCCUGGCACUGGGUGCUGCAGAAAGGACUGCUGGCCAAGCUGGGCCACUUUGGGGCUGUUACUUCUCUGUACCCGAUGAAAAGCCUUGGGCCUCACCCAUCAGGGGCCUCAAUUUCGAAAAGCACAUGGAAAGCAGCCUUUGGAGGGGAGGCUCGCGAUUCCCUGUGGUGGGGCCCGGUCCUUGUCCUCACUGAGGCCACAUGAGGGACCUCUGGGGGCAGCAGAGGGGUACCUGGGAAGGCUCGGGUAGGACUUCCUUCAGCAACAAUAGGUGUGCAGCACCCACUUUGUGCAGGCCCUUUGGGCCCACUUAGCAUAACUGAGUGAAGGAAGCAGACACAAUACUGGGACCCCGUCCCGGGUGGAGUCGGGCAGUCACUUCAGGCGUCAUCCGCAGGUCACGGCCGGGGAGCGUCACGGGCGAUGCCCUCAUGGUCUCCUCAUGUGAUGAGGGGCAUGACGAGGGGCCAGAGGAGGAUCUGAGAAUCCCCAGGAUGGGACGGGCUAGGCGCCUGGCCUGGGAGCCCCAGCGUGUGCCCAGUGUCAUCGAUGCCAGCCAGCUGUCAUCCACCCUGGUGGGCCGAGUCCUCCACCACUUGGUCCAGGAGGAGCACCUGGGGCCCGCGGUGGCAGAGCUGGAAGACCCACGGCAGAGGCAGCUGGCUCCAGAGACACAGGGGGGCCCCGCUUCGUGGGUAGAGCCCGUCCAGGAGCUCCCUGCGACCCCUGUGCUGGAGCUACGGCCGGUGUCACCUGCUUCAGCCCCUGAAGAGCCGGAGGAUGUCCCAGCAGUGGCCUCAGCCCCGGGUCCAGGCCCUGAGCUGGAGCCCCAUGAGCCCUUGGGCACGGGGCCUGGAGCACCAGCCGGAAUGGCAUUAGGCCUGGCAGAGCCAGGGGCAGACCCGGAGCCCACCAGACCCUGUGCCAUGAGCCCCUGGGACAUCCCAGGAGUGGUCUCAGGCCCCGAGCUGGAGCCCCAUGAGCCAUCGGGCCCGGGGCCCAUGGCACCUGCCAGAAUGGCACUGGGCCUGGCAGAGCCAGAGGUGGACCUGGAGCCCACCAGACCCUGUGCCAUGAGCCCCUGGGACAUCCCAGGAGUGGUCUCAGGCCCCGAGCUGGAGCCCCAUGAGCCUUCGAGCCCGGGACCCGUGGCACCUGCCGGAAUGGCACUGGGCCUGGAAGAGCCAGAGGCGGACCCGGAGCCCACCAGCCCCUGUGCCUGGAGCACCUGGGAUGAGCCGGGGGAGGAGGAGCCGACGAUCCUGGCGUUUCCCCCCUCCCUGGUGGCCGAGCAGCUGACCCUGAUGUGUGCAGAGCUGUACGGCAGGAUUGAAUUUGGUGAAUGUAAGACCUACUUAGAGAGCCAGCCACUGAUGGAAGGCAUUGAGCUCCUGGCCCCCAACAUCCAUAACAUCAUGAGGCAAUUUGAUGCCACGUUUUACUUCGUCACCUCCUCCUGCCUCGGGGCCCCGAGCUUGAUGGCCCAGGACAGGGCCCGAGUGGUGGAGUUCUGGAUCCAGGUGGCCAAGGAGUGCCUGGACCUCAAAAAUUUCGAGUCCCUCCACGCCAUUCUCUGUGCCCUGGGGAGCUCUGCUGUGUGUCGUCUGGAGAGCACCUGGGGACAUGUUUCCUGGAAGAGCUUCUGGAGCUAUAAAAAACUUCAAAAGAGGGACCAGGGGCUUAACGGGAAGCAGCUCCUCAAGGAGGCGAGGGCCACGGUGAGGCGACGGCGGCAGGCCCCCUACGGAUACCUGGAUAGGAAGGCGCAGGGCAUAGUCCCGUUCCUUGGAUAUUUUCUGCGUGACGUGCCCAUGGACCAACUCUCGGAAUAUAAUGCGGACGUGAGUGACCCAGCGAGGCACCGGAAGGGCAGGAUGGUCACUCUCAUCGGACGUGAGAUCAUGAUGCACAAGCGCGUGGCCGCGCUGUAUGACCUGGAGCCCGAUGAGCGCUUCCUGUCCUUCUUUCAAACCGUGGAGCCCCUGGAUGAGGAGAAGAGCUACCGCCUGUCCUGCCAGCUGGAGGCCUCAGGCCAGUGGGCCAGGAUAAAGGGGCUGUUGCAGUUCUUCAGGUCCCACGAGAUAUAAACUUAGUGGCCAGGGCCAGCUGCUGUCAUCGGGCCCGUGGUCCUGCUGGUGUCCUGGCUGCGUGCGGACAAGAGCUUCUUCCCCUUCAGCAGGUGGCACCUGGCGCCCCAGGACCCCAGUCUGCUUGCUGCUCCUCUUCCUCCUGCUGCUCAUCCUGAGCCUCUGCUGGGGCAGGUGCUCUGGCACCUCCCGUGUCGGCAGACUCGGGCAUCUCCCCAGGCUGCCGCUGCACCCUCAGGGACCCGUACGCAGCUGCAGCCAACCUGGACACCUUUGUGCUGUGUCAGCCCCUCUGCUUGUGGCCCGCUGGACAGAGGCGAGCUGCCCCACCACGCGGAGGGCGUCACCAUUCCUGCACGUGGCCUCCCAUGUUGUCGACACCACCUGCUGCCUGGGUGCUGUCAGCCACUGAGUUGUAGCCACAGGGUUCCAGGAAGAGGUGGGGCCGUCCUCACCAGGCCUGGCCUUUCCCGGGAUGGACACUGACAUGGUGCAGCGCUGCGUGGAACCACCAUCCCUGGGUGUGCAGCAGAGGCAUCUGAGGACGCAGGGGUGGCCGGCCACCACAGGCUCCCAGGGCAUGCUCCCAGGGGGACCCCCUGUACAACUUUCUCAUCCCUGAGAAAUAGCCUCCCCGGGGAUUAAAGAUGGUGGUGUGAGAGAUGAGACAGAGCCCUCCUCCUAAAACCACAUAUGAUACAAAAAACAUAAUUAAUACAACCAAUCCUGAAAGAGCAACAUGAAAGAAGGCUGCACCAGACUGCAUACACCUGGAGAAAAGAGCAGAACUCACGGAACAGGGUCAGGUACCAAAGCUGUGAGCCGGCGGGACCCAAGCCCUUCCCCCACCCCAGCCCAAUGGCGGGAGGAAGAGACACAG